AUGCUGCGCCGCAUUUUUGCAUCCAGUCCCGCUUUCCUGCGUUGCACGCUACCGAACCGUGCUCCAGAUCAGGUUAAACCUGAACUUGCGGCGGCAAUACGCAGGAUUAUCGCUGAGGAUCGGAUUGUCAUUUUCCUUACGGGCACGCCCCAGGAGCCUCGCUGCGGGUUUACGGUGAAAAUGGUGGAUAUGAUGCAUCAACUAGGCGUGAAGUAUAGCUUUUACAACAUUCUGGAGGACGAUGAGGUGUGCGAGGGACUGAAGAUAUAUAGCGACUGGCCAACGUACCCUCAGUUGUACAUUGACGGUGACCUCGUUGGUGGCUAUGAUGUUUGUAAGGGUAUGCUUCUCAGUGGCCAACUGACUAAGCUUCUAAAGGAGAAGGAUCUUCUCUGA